CUUAUACAAAGUACGGCGUCAGGCCGCGAACCGAGCCGGGACCGGCCUGCUUCGACUGAGUGCGACAGGGUACCCAUAGCAGGGUUCAGCGCUCAGAAAUUAUAUGCCGGUUAUCGUGUAAGGCCGCAUCAUUGCCGGGUAUAUAUAACACUCUAGUCCUCCUUUGGCAGGGCUCCAAUAUGCUGCCCCGACCUCACACCAGCGAAUUAUCUCCAAUGUACAAUACACACUGGUCAGACGACGACGACAACUACACCGUCAUUCCCUCAGGAUAUCGCUUGCCCGCUUCCAUUAACCCCAUUCAUCAGAACUGGAUCGACCUGAACAGCUACCAAAACUUAUUGCAUUAUUAUAUGGAACAUGUUCUUCCUAUUCAGUUCUCUCAUGCGGAUGGGUCUGUUGACGCCAUCGUCUGGAGUCUCAUACAUUCCAGCGAUGCAGCCCGACAGGCUGUUUGCUUAUUUGCGGAUUUGCACCGCAGGAGUACCCAAGGCGGUCCGAUUGGUUACAGUGCACCAGAAGACCGCGAUGUGCACAGACGCAUCCCAAGGGCCAUAGAACCAGUCACAGAAGGAGACGCUUUUGCAAGUCUUUGCAUGAUCUCCUACUGCCUCUUCUCCGGCAGCCAAGGGCAAUGGCAGGCAUUCCUCGACAGUGCUUGCCGAUUUUCCCUUGCCUUCCUCGAGCAGAACCCCUCUUCACCAGCCAGUGCACUGAUAUCCUGCACCGACAGUAUGCGGUUUAUUAUCAAGACGUCCAUGUGGUAUGAUGUCCUCGCCUCCGUAACUUUGAUCCGUCGUCCCAUGUUUGAAGUACUCCGGAUUCUCUCUGAUCCGUCUGGCACUGCCCUCAUUGAUGGCAUACCGGAGCUUUCAAUGAUAAAUGUUAUGGGAUGCGAAACCCGCAACAUCGUCGCCCUUGCUGAAAUUGCUGAUCUUGCAUGCUGGAAGGAAGAAGUCAGGUGCACUGGUAGCCUCAGCGUUCCUGAACUCGUCAGACGCGGGCAACUUAUCGAAACCGUGCUGAAGACGACCAACGACGAUGAUCACCCCCACCCUGCUGAAACAGUAAAAUCUCGCCUACGACGCCUCACCUCAGCCGUAUUCCGCAUGUCUGCCCUUGUUUAUCUCCAUUCCGUUUUAUCCGGGGACUACCCGCUAUGUCCAGAGAUCAUGGACAGCGUCACAGAAACAGUCAUGUGUCUCAGGCAUGCUGAAGAUGUCAGCGCUGGCAUAGCGCGCCAUGUACUGCACAGUGUGGUAUUCAACAUAUGCGUCUGCGGCUGCCUGACGGAUGACCCUCAAUCCCGCGAUUAUUUCGUGCAGCUUCUGGAGGGACAGCAGAUGCAGACAACGGGGAACUGCGCUCUUAUCUGUGAUCUCAUGAGACGAGUUUGGGCGAGCCGAGAAGGAGGGAUGCCUGUGGACUGGCGCGUUGUCAUGCGAGAUAUGCUUCUUGUCUAAAAUGCCAUCUUACGACACAUGUUGGUCCUUUCGUUACCUCUCUUCGUUAUUUGCUAAUUAUAAAGGUGUUCGGCACGCCCCUAGCCCUGUGCUGCAUGUAGCGCGUCAAUUUUUUUCCGGAAGCUUUUUAUUUUCAUACCCUAUAUGUUGUAAUCCAUACAUACCCCACGAAUAAUUUACUGAUCUGUCUCUAAUGAUAUUUAUGUAUGGCUAGGAUGGUGUUUCAUUGGAAGGGG